AUGGCAGCAUCCAUCUCCCUCCGUCCCGCACAGCCCACAGAUGCUCCAGGACUUGCAGCAAUACAUACCUCAGCCUUCUCCACGAACAAGCUCAUGCGCGCCAUCUAUCCUACGCCACAGGUCUGGGCAGCGUUUCAAAGCGCAGUUGAAAGGAAGAUGAUGGCAGAUAUGCAUGAUGCGCAUACCACAGUCUUGGUUGCUACUGCGAAAAGGUUUUCAUCGGGGUUUGGAGCAGAAAGAGAAGCAGCACAAGGGGAAGUGGAAGAAAGGGAUGAGAUUGUAGGUUUCGCAGUAUGGAUACAUCCCACGCCAUGCAAAGAGGGAUUCACACCGCCGGCUUGGAAUUUACCAGAGGGGACGGACUGGGGUGUACUGGGGCCGUGGAAAGAGGCUUCGGAAAAGGUUGCUUCACAUGUUAUAGGGGAACGUCCGCAUUAUGAACUCUCAUGGCUCGCCGUCGCAUCACAGUAUGCACGGCGCGGCGUAGGCACCAUGUUGCUCCGCUGGGGCCUAGACGCGUGUGACAGAGAGCACGUGCCCGCAUAUCUGGACAGCACGGUGGAAGCUGCAGAGAAUUUCUAUCUGAAAGCUGGAUUUGAAGAGAAGGGCAGAAUCAAGUUGAUGGUUAAGGGGGAAAUGUAUGAAGAGGUUGCAUGUCUGUAUGACCCAAAGAGGUCGAAUUGA